GUGCCCCCAUCUGGUUCAUCGCAGGAAUCGCAAGGCCCAACUGUUUGCAUGCGAAUGCCAUGGGGCUAGCUCGAGAUUCUACAAACACAGCAAAACAUUAACAAACAUAGAUAGCUAGCUUUGAAUGAAAACUCACUUUAUAUAGAAACGUCCGCAGAAAAGUAAUUAUUAAACUACAGAAGCGGGCGUAUCGGCUUGCUUGCAAACACAAUCACAACACACGUUCAGCUAGCUAGUUAGCCUGCUAGCAACUUUCUCCAGCACGCCUCCCAGUUCCUGCACCACGAGCGUGAGUCAAUCAUGUCAGGCAUCAAGAGGAAGAUUGAAGACAAGGACCCAGACUAUGAAGACAUCUCACAGGUUCAGGAGAACAAGCGACACAAAGUAGUGGAACAAAAUGCGAGGGAAGCUACGGUGCAGAAGAUUGAGGCCAUUAUCAAAGACCAGUUCUCUUUGGAGAUGAAGAACAAAGAACAUGAGAUCGAAGUGAUCGGACAGCGUCUGAAUGAGGCCAGGCGAAUGAUGGACAAGCUCAGAGCCUGUAURGUGGCCAAUUACUAUGCCAACGCUGGGGUGCCCAAGCUCCAAGAGCAGGCAUCCAAGAGCGACCCGGCGGUGCUGAACCACCCGGCCAUCAAGCGUUUCCUGGAGUCACCCUCCCGCUCRUCCUCCCCUCUCAACCAGGGCUCGGACGCCCACUCCCUGGGGCCCUCGGAGUCUGAGUCCCUGUCACAGCUGGGUGAGGGGCCGGAUAGGGACGGGGAGGGGGCCUGGAGAGAGGACAGGGGCAGGCAGGAGCGCAGGCCGGGCCGCAACACAGGGAAGGACACGUUUGGCAUCCCGUCGUCAGGUGUGCUGUCGUCAGACGGGGGGGAACAGAGGGUGACCUACCACACUACAGGAGAUGAGGCUUCCAGGCUCUACAUAAAGAAGACCAUCGUGGUGGGAAACGUCUCCAAGUAUAUCCCUCCUGAUAAGCGGGAGGAGAAUGACCAGUCGACCCAUAAGUGGAUGGUGUACGUCAGAGGCUCCAGAAGAGAGCCCAGCAUCGACCACUUUGUCAAGAAAGUCUGGUUUUUCCUGCACCCCAGCUACAAGCCCAAUGACCUGGUGGAAGUCAGUGAGCCUCCGUUCCACRUGACACGUCGUGGCUGGGGGGAGUUCCCUGUCCGCAUCCAGAUCCACUUCAAAGACCCCCGCAACAAACGCAUAGACAUCAUACACCACCUCAAGCUCGACAGAACUUACACAGGCCUGCAGACACUGGGGGCAGAAACAGUGGUGGAUGUCGAGCUCCACAGGAACUCCCUGGGGGAAGACUAUGUGCUCUCUUCCUCCUCCCAUGCCCACCACCACCAGCGUGCAGCCAGCCCCUCGUCCCCAUCCUUCCUGCCCCAAACCCCAGGCCCUCUCUCUGGCCGCUGCAGCUCUCCACUCCCCCUCUCACAYGACAACCACCCCACCAUCGCAGAGAAAGGUCUGCCCGUCAAAACAGAGACUGGGAGGUCUGGGGUGUACAGCGCGCCCCCCUCAGCUUCGGAACGCACCCCGUCCCGUCCUAAAGUCACAGAGAAGAUCACACUGGGUUCCCAUGGCAACUCGGCCUUCCAGCCAAUCACGGCCAGCUGUAAGAUCGUCCCCCAGGGACAGUUGCCCAGCCCCUCUGAGUCCCCCGGGAAAUCCUUUCAGCCAAUCACKAUGAGCUGUAAGAUUGUGUCAGGUUCACCCAUCUCCACACCCUGCCACUCGCCCCUCCCCCGUACCCACACCUCCACCCCGGUACACACCAAACAGGGCUCCUCCGUACUCAACAACCCUUACAUCAUUGUCGACAAGCCCGGCCAGGUCAUCGGCAUGGCAGCGAACUCCGGCGCCUCCACAGGAAGUCCCACAGCCAAGCAGUCGGUUGCGACCCAGGGGACUCGCUCUCCYGCCCCCAAGGUUCACACAGGCAGCUUCCUGUCCUCAGGGGUCAAGUUGUGUGUGAAUCCAUUUGAAAUUCAGGCUGUAACACAACAAAAUGUGGAAAAAGUCAAGCGGUGUGAAUCAUUGUUUAACCUGUUGCUUCUAGCACUGGUAGUCCUUGUGGUAAUGUUCUUUCUCUACGCUCUCUACUUCUGCAGGUCAUUAUCAAGCAGGAGCCGGGAGAAGUUCCCACUCGAGCAGCAGCAGAUGGUUUCCACGGUAACGGCAGCCCAGCAGACUGCCGCCGCAGCAACGCAGCAAUUUGUCGCAGUGAAGGGAGGCCACGUGAUCUCCAUGUCGCCACAGAAACAGACAGGAGGGGCCAGCGGGGCAGGGGCUCCACCCAGCAAGGUUCUGGGUAUCCCCGUAGGCUCCGCCCUCCAGGCAGCGGUGAAGCAGGUGGCCAUCAGCAGCGGACAGAUCCUGGUUGCCAAGGGUAACCCCUCCGUUUCCAAGGUGAUCGGCGGGAAGCAGGUGGUCGCCCAGGGCGUCGCCAAGGCCAUCGUCAGCGGAGCGGCUGGUAGCAUCGUGGGUCAGCAGGUUGUGGCUAAGGCAACGGGGGCUGCAGGGGGAACAGGAAAGAGCGGAGUGAUGGCUACCCUCCAGCUGCCAGCCAACAACCUGGCCAACCUUGCCAACCUGCCCCCGGGCACCAAGCUGUACCUCACCACCAACAGCAAGAACCCAUCAGGGAAGGGCAAGCUGCUGCUCAUUCCCCAGGGAGCCAUCCUCAGAGCUUCCAACUCAGCAGGUCAGCAAUCCCAGGGCAGCUCCUCUACAGGCUCUGGCUCCCAGACCCCCACCUCCUCAUCCAGCAGCCUGCCCUCUAACCUCUCCUACACAUCAUACAUCCUCAAACAGACCCCACAGGGCACGUUUCUGGUUGGCCAGCCGGCGUCGCAGGGAGUGGGGAAGCAGGGCGCGGCCAGUUCCACAGGUCACGUAGUGUCGUCCCCUGCGACCAUCACCCAGCAGGCCAUCCGUGUCACAGCGGGUCAGAAGGCUGCCAUCCUGGCUCAGGCGCUGGGCGGGUCCCAGGUGAAGCUGUCUGAUGGCUCAGUGAAGACGGUAAGCACGGCGACAGCGGCCCACCUGUCCAAGCCGGCCACGACCAUGCUCAGGAUGACGGGCGGAGUCAUCACAGCCGCUAGCUCCAACCCCAGCGCUGUCUCCACCGCCGCUGCCAUGGCAACUGCCAGUCAACCGGUAGCGGAGGUGUCCGUUCAGACCAAACCUGUAUCCCACUCUGUCCUGGUGGCAGCCAACCAGGCAGCAGUCAUCAACGCCGCAAAGAACGCAAGCGCCGCUAACGCCGUUACCAUGGCAAGGAAAUCCACAGCGACCGCCGUUACCAUGGCAAAGAGCGCCACCGGUUUGGUAACCAUGCAGAAGGGCGCCACAGCGCCAACUGUCACCUUGGCAAAGGGUCCCACCACCUCUGGCACAGUUGUGACCGUUGCUAAGAGCAUUACCAACAUGCACGUCAUCAGCAUGGCCAAAGGGGCGGGUUCUAUGGUAGUGGGUGUGCCCAAYAGCGCCAGCACGACAUUGGUCAGUGCGGCAUCGCUGUUCAGUGGGAUGGUGGCAGGGGGAGGAAAGACUGCUGCUACCUUAUCAGGUAUGCUGAAGAUCCACUCUGGCGGGUCCAGCUCCCAGCAGACAGUGCUGACCGUCCCUGCCAACCAGCCCAAACAACUGGGGGUGGGCACGGGCACAGGAGGCGUACAGACCAUACACAUGCCCGUCAACAAAGAUCCAGACAAAUCCAGUCCGGCUAGUGUUCUAAAGGGCCAGCGCUCCAGUAGUAGCUCCACUCCCUCGCCUGGAGUAGGAGUGGCUGCAGCUGGAGUCUCCCCCAGUCCUGCUGCUGCUGCCCAGGCCUCGCCUUCCCCCUCCCUCACCCUGCCCCUGGCCCAAGUGAAGACAGAGCCAGGAGUCUGUACACCCGUCUCUGCUACACCUGCCCCGUCGCCCCCUGUAACAGCCCCUGUUGCCUUCUCCACCCAUGUAGCUGCUCCUCCCACUGCCUUCGCCUCAGUCAAACUGGAGCAGGGGGCCGACACCAGCUCACACCACCACGUCGAGGUCAUCAACACGGAACACAUAGAGACCCUCAUGCAGCUGCUCACCGCCGUGGUGAAGAAGUCCCCCCUCAUCGUACCCGAGAAGACCGAGGACUCCCAUCCGUUCUGUGCCGUGUCCACUGAGCAGUUUUACUCCUGGAACAUUGGGAAACGCAGGGCAGCGGAGCUCCAGCGUGCGGUGGCAGUGAAGCGUGUGGUCCAGGAUGUAUUGGAGCGCUGCCCCCGCCUGCAGGCCCUCACCCCCCCUAAGACCAGAGAGGUGGUCCAGUGGUGCCGACAGAGAGGCUACACACCCCCGGACCCCGAGCCCCUACGCAGCAGCAGGCCUGACGAAGGGACCAUAGAGGAUAUCCUCACACAGAUAGACAACGAACCAGAGUGCCCCUCUACCCUGGGUAGCUGUGAGGAGUUGGUCCAGCGGUUGGAGCAGCUGCAGACCCUGCUGAAGACUGAGCCAGAGGAUGACGAUGAUGAAGUUCUAGACAUCGUCAGUGUGACCCCACCCUCUCAGAAGUUAAAGGUCAAAGAAGAGGAACAGGAAACGGACCCCGAGCCCAAGUACUUCCUGGCCCCAUGCCCCUCGGCCCAGUUCGUCAGCGACACAGCCCAACAGAUUGGCGUGGCCUUUCAGCAGGUGGAGGUGGAGAAGAAUGUUUUUGCUCCGGUGAUCGAGGCCAUGAUUCUCAAGGCGACAGAGCAGUUUGCUAGUGACAUCCUGAGAGAAGCUCUGGCUGGAGCCCACGUAAAAUCCCACCAGAACAGGACUCCCAGAGAGAUCACAGCCAUAAAUAUUCACCAGGCGUCCAGCAGCAUCCCCACAUGUGACUUCCUCACCAACACGCACAUGGGCUACCUGACCAAGGAGGACUGAUUACACACAACCUUAUACACAACCUAACAAAGAACAACGGCCACCCAGACUGAGAGAGAUACACGCACACUGGCUACUAGGGCUGGGAAUUACCAGGGACCUCACGAUACAUUAUUAUCACGAUACUUACGCGCCGAU